AUGGCCGCUUUCUUCUUCUUCUUCUUCUUCUUCUUCUUCUUCUUCUUCUUCUUCUUCCUUCUCUUCCUCUUUUUUCUCCUUUCGUUUCCUUCUACUCCUCCUGUUUUCAAUAUAUCAUUAACGCGCGAUCAGGCAUCACGUUUUCUUUUAUGCCAGUGUAACAGAAUGUUUCUCUCCUUUCCUCUCUCCUUCUCUCUACCCUUCUCUUUCUACCCUUUCCUCUCUCCUUUCCUCACUCCUUCUCUCUACCCUUCUGUAUAUCCCCUUCCCUCUCUCCUUUCCUCUCUCCUUCUCUACCCUUCUCUAUCUCCCCUUCCCUCUCUCUCCUUCUCUCUACCCUUCUCUAUCUCCUUCCCUCCCUCCUUUCCUCUCUCCUUCUCUCUUCUACCCUUCUCUUCUCCGCUUCCCCCUCCUUCCCUCUCUCCUUCUCUCUACCCUUCUCUAUCUCCCUUCCCUCCCUCCUUUCCUCUCUCCUUCUCUCUACCCUUCUCUUCUCCCCUUCCCUCCCUCCUUCCUCUCUCCUUCUCUCUACCCUUCUCUAUCUCCCUUCCCUCCCUCCUUUCCUCUCUCCUUCUCUCUACCCUUCUCUAUCUCCCCUUCACCCUCCUUCUCUCUCUUCUCUUUUUCUCCUCCUCCUCCUCUCACCUUCUCUCUCCCCUACUCUCUUCCCUUGCUCUCCUUCUCUCCUCUCUUUCUCUCUUUCCUUCUUUCUCCUUGUUCUCUCUCUCUCCUUCUCUCUCCCUCUCUUCCCUUAUGUCUCUCUACUUCUCUCUUCCCUUCUCUAUCUCCCCUUCCCCCUCCUCUUCUCUCUCCUCUCUCUUUCUCUCUCCCCUUCUCUCUCUUCCCUUCUUUCUCUCCACUCCUCUCUUUCUUUCCCUUCUCUCCCCUUCUUUCGCCCCUUCUGUCUUCCCUUCUCUCUCCUCUUCUCUCUCCUCUCUUUUUCUCCUCCUCUUCUCACCUUCUCUCUCCCCUACUCUCUUCCCUCGCUCUCCUUCUCUUUCUCUCUUUCCUUCUUUCUCCUUGUUCUCUCUCUCCUUCUCCCUCCCUCUCUUCCCUUAUGUCUCUUUACUUCUCUCUCACCUUCUCUCUUUCCUUCUCUCUCCUGCUCUCAAUAUCUCUACCUCAGUCUGUUCUAUGAGCACAUCUCUCUAUAUAUAUAUCUUCCUCCAUCAUGUUGUUAGAAUUAAUCCAUUUCAAUACAUCUACCUCAGUUUGUUUUCUGUUUCUUUUGAACACGUCUAUCCCUCUCUCUCUCUCUCUCCCUUUCCUCUUUCCCUCUCCCUCUCAUAUUGCUAUAAUCAAUUCAUUUCAAUAUAUCUACCUCAGUCUGUUCAUAUCUAUCGAUCAACUGGUUACUUCUGGCCUCGAACCUCUUGGGAAUGUCAACUUCCAAGAAAGAACGAGCAUAUCUAUCACUGUCGAUACCUAUUACAGUCUGUUUAUCUAUUUAUCUAUCUAUCUCCAUUUAUAUAUGACUUUUAUAAUUUUCUUCCGUGUUCAAUUUGUAAGUCUAUCUAUUUGAAAAUCUUCUUCUUGUUUUUUUCUUUUGUUGUUUUUGCUGUUCUUUUUCUUCUUCCUUUUCUUCUUCCUUUUCUUCUUCCUUUUCUUCUUCUUUUUCUUCUUCUUCUUCUCCUCCUCCUCCCCCUCCUUCUUUUUCUCCUCUUCCCCCUCCUUCUUUUUCUUCUCUUCCUCCUUCUUAUUCACGCAUGUCUUUGCCUUCUUCUUUUUCUUCUUCUUCUUCUCUUCCUCCCCCUCCUUCUCGUCGUCGACCUCCUCCUCGCCCUUCUCAUUGUCGUCCUCCACCUCCUCCCUCUCAUCACCGUUUUCCUUCUCCUCCUCCUUCUUCUUCUUUCCUUCCUUCCUUCCUUCCUUCAUCUCCUCCUCCUCCUCUUCUUCUUCCUUCAUCUCCUUCUUUUCCUUUCGUCAUCUUCUUUUUGA